GAGGCGGCCAGGGCCUGGCAAAGUGAGAGGGCACCUCAUGGGGGAUCUGCUGGGGCGGCUGGCCCUGCUCGGGGCACUGCUGCUGUCGGGUGGGGUCUGUGUGAACCAGGAGGAGCGGCUCAUCCACUACCUCUUUGAGGAGAGAGGCUAUGACAAGGAGGUGCGCCCUGUCGUCUCCACCGACGAGGUCGUGGAUGUCUACUUGGCACUCACUCUCUCCAACCUCAUCUCACUGAAAGAGGUGGAUGAGACGCUCACAACCAACGUGUGGCUCGAGCAUGGCUGGACUGAUUACCGCCUGCAGUGGAACAAGUCUGAGUUUGGGGACAUCGAGGUGCUCCGCCUGCCCCCAGACAUGAUAUGGCUGCCUGAGAUAGUCCUGGAGAACAACAACGAUGGACUUUUUGAGAUCGCCUACUACUGCAACGUCCUCAUCUACAACACCGGCUCUGUCUACUGGCUGCCCCCUGCCAUCUUCCGCAGCACCUGUCCCAUCAACGUCGAAUUCUUCCCCUUCGACUGGCAAAACUGCACCCUCAAAUUCAGCUCUCUGGCUUACAAUGCUCUAGAGAUCAACAUGCACUUAAAGGAAGACAGUGACCCAGAUACAGGCAGGAAUUACCCAGUGGAGUGGAUCAUCAUUGACCCUGAAGGCUUCACAGAGAAUGGGGAAUGGGAAAUCAUCCACCGCCCAGCCCGCAAGAACAUCCACCCUGACAACCCCCCCGAGGGCAGCGAGCACCAGGACAUCACCUUCUACCUCAUUAUCAAGCGCAAGCCACUCUUCUAUGUCAUCAACAUUGUCACACCCUGCAUCCUCAUCGCCUUCAUGGUCAUCCUCGUCUUCUACCUGCCCGCUGACAGUGGUGAGAAGAUGACCCUGGUGAUCUCAGUGCUCCUGGCCCAGUCUGUCUUCCUCCUGCUCAUCUCCCAGCGCCUGCCUGCCACCUCUCUUGCCGUUCCCCUCAUUGGAAAGUACCUGCUUUUCAUCAUGGUGCUGGUGACAGCUGUGGUGAUAAUCUGUGUCGUGGUCCUCAACUUCCAUUUCCGCACCCCCAGCACCCAUAUAAUGUCUGACUGGGUCAAAGAGGUCUUCCUGGAGAGCUUGCCUCGGCUGCUGCACAUGUCACAACCGGCUGAGAGCCCAUCGGGUGUCCCAUGCAUUCGGCGCUGCAGCUCGGCUGGCUACAUCGCCAAGGCAGAGGAGUACUUCAGCGUCAAGUCCCGCAGCGAGCUGAUGUUCGAGAAGCAGUCAGAGCGGCACGGGCUGGCCAGCCGAGUCACCCCUGCCCGUGAGCCGCAGCCCCUCGGCAGACACACGGCAAAGGGGCAGCUCUACGAGCACAUAAAGCCAGUCGUUGAUGGUGCCAAUUUCAUCAUCAAGCACAUGCGGGAGGAAAACAGCUACAACGAGGAGAAGGACAACUGGAACCGUGUGGCCCGGACCCUGGACCGCCUCUGCUUCUUCUUUGUUACCCCCACGCUGGUGCUGGCAACCCUCUGGAUCUUCCUGAUGGGCAUCUACAACCACCCGCCACCACUGCCCUUUGCAGGAGACCCCUACGACUACCAGGAGGAGAACAAGCGCUUUGUCUAGGGCGGUGGGGGGGGUCCCGUGUGCCACCCCCUGCUCACCUGCCUUGAAUUGGGAAAAUAAAGCUGGGUUUCUUG